AUGAUCCUUCCCGGUCGCACGCUCCUUACCCGCUUGAUCAUCCAAAACAUCAAAUCACCAUCUCUCCAAGUCCAGCCCUGCGGAAUCGACCUCACCCUCAAACGAAUUUUAACCUUUAACUCCGCGGGAACGGUCGAUCUCGACAAUACCCACCGCCAGACAGCUUCAACCGUCGAAAUUCCUCUACCGGGCCACCACAAUGCCACAUCCGCUAUCAAUAACAGUGCCGAUCACACCCGCAGCAGCAGCACCAUUAACAACAAUAACAAUCAAGACUCCCCAUUCACAACCCUCGCACAAGGAACCUACCUCGUCGAAUUCAACGAAACCGUCUCCGUUCCGCUAGACGUGAUCGGCCAGAUCUUCGUGCGCAGCUCGCUGUUUCGCUCCGGGGUGGCCAUUCACGCUGGGGUCAUGGACGCCGGGUAUACCGGGGCAGUGGGAGCCUUGAUGCAAGUGUUCAAUGCACACGGGGUGCGGGUUGCGCAGGACGCGAGACUGGCGCAGAUGGUGUUUCAUUGUAUGAGUGAGAGUGUCGAGGAGGGGUAUAAGGGGGUGUAUCAGGGGUCUGGGGGGAUUUAG